AUGUCUGGCCAUGCGGCCGCGUCUGCUGAAGCGCAGUCCGCUGUGUUUAUGCGCUCCGAGCCUGUACCAGAGCACACAAAGCAGGCUACCGGGCCUCAUUUCGAUCAUUUGAAUCCAAAUGAUCUAGGCGCCUUGAUGGAUAGCAUGGCAACGAUUGGAUUCCAGGGCACAUCUGUUUCUGACGCUGUUCGCAUUAUUGAGCGCAUGCGUACUUGGCGUCUCAGUGACGAUCCUUCCUAUGAUAGUACCGGAGAUGACUGCGCUAAUUUGCCGGCCAAUGAUCCAGCUCACCCAUCGAAUGUGCGCUGCACUAUCUUGUUAGGCUACACAUCCAACCUCAUUUCGUCUGGUUUACGCGAGGUGAUUCAUUUUUUGGUGAAGCACAAAUACGUGUCUGGCAUUGUGACUACCGCCGGUGGUGUUGAAGAAGACUUUAUCAAAUGUCUGGGCCCGACGUAUCUCGGCAGCUUCCAUUUGGAUGGAGCCACCCUCCGGAAACGUGGUUUGAAUCGGAUCGGCAACCUGAUUGUGCCGAACGAUAACUACUGCAAGUUUGAAGACUGGGUGAUGCCUAUACUGGAUCAAAUGCGAGCUGAGCAAGACACAGCACCACCCGAGGCUAACGGAGAGCGCUUUGCAUGGACGCCCAGCCGUGUGAUUGAGCGGCUGGGCCACGAAAUCAACGAUGAGCGUAGUGUGUACUAUUGGGCUGCCAAAAACAACAUUCCUGUAUUUUGCCCAGCUCUCACUGACGGCUCGCUCGGUGACAUGAUUUACUUUCACUCGUACAAAAAUCCUGGCCUCACGAUUGAUAUCGUGCGUGAUAUCCGUCGACUAAAUGAUAUAAGUGUCAAGGCCAAAAAGGCUGGCAUCAUCAUCCUAGGUGGGGGUGUAUGCAAGCACCAGAUUGCUAAUGCAAUGCUCUUUCGGAAUGGUGCUGACUUUGGCGUAUACAUCAAUACGGGCCAAGAGUUCGACGGCUCUGACAGCGGCGCUAGGCCUGACGAAGCCGUGAGCUGGGGUAAACUAAAAAGUAAAGAAAACGGCGGAGACACUGUCAAAGUAUAUUGUGAUGCUACUAUUGUAUUUCCGUUCAUUGUUGCUCAGACUUUCGGACGUGCCCACUGGGCCCAAAAGCCAUUGGUCUCAUAG